UUUAAAAAGAGGAAGAAGAAGCUCCAGAGCUCUUACCAUCUUCAAAUGCCUUCUUCCAUUGAAUUUCCUGUAUUUACAGAAACCAACCUCGGCACCCGCAUUGCAAUAUCUACUCCUCCAGAUAUUACAACUGGAGACCUCAAAAGAAAACUUGGGAGGGAGCACUACCCUUGUUUUCCAAAUCUUGGAGAGGUCAGAGUUCAUGCAUUGAUGGUGAAGCGGAAGUCAUGUUUUUACCACCUUCCAGACUCACUUCUGAUAAAGAAUGCUUUUCAAGGAUUGAAAGGGUCUUGGUUUCUUCGAAUGAGUGCAACUCAGGUCAAGCAUAUACAUAGUCAAGCAGCGCCCACAACUGAUAUCAGCAAUGCGAUGGUUGGUCAAGAAGACAGGAUUUCUCAAUCGAUGAGCAGCAAUCCUAGUGUAAGUUCAUCUGAGAUAAUAUCUGUGACUGGUAUCCUCACUAGGAACUGUGCUUCACAUCUGGCCUAUAUUAAUUGA